AUGAAAUUUAUGGAGAACUGGAACAACGUGACAGAGUUUGUUUUACUGGGACUCACAGAAAACCCAAAGAUGCAGAAAAUCAUAUUUGUUUUGUUCUUUUUCAUCUAUUUAAUCACUUUGGUAGGUAAUUUGCUCAUUGUGGCCACCAUUGUUUCCAGUCCAUUAAUAGGCUCCCCCAUGUACUUUUUCCUGGUCUAUCUCUCUUUUAUUGAUGCCUGCUAUUCUUCGGUUAAUACUCCUAAACUGAUUGUAGAUUCACUCCAAGAAAAAAAGACUAUCUUAUUCAAUGAAUGUAUGACCCAAGUGUUUGGGGAACAUUUCUUUGGAGGUGCUGAGGUCAUUCUUCUUACUGUCAUGGCCUAUGAUCGCUAUGUAGCCAUUUGCAAGCCUUUACACUAUGCAACCAUUAUGAAUGAAAGAUUGUGUGGUGUGCUGAUGGGUGUGGUAUGGGUGGGAGGUUUUCUUCAUGGAAUCAUCCAGAUUUUCUUCAUCUUCCGAUUACCUUUCUGUGGCCCUAAUGUUAUUGAUCAUUUUAUGUGUGAUUUGAAUCCUUUGCUCAAACUUGCCUGCACUGACACCCACAUUCUAGGGCUUUUUGUUGCUGCUAAUAGUGGAUUCAUCUGUGUCUUAAACUUCCUCCUCUUGAUGGUCUCUUAUGUGGUCAUUUUGUCCUCCUUAAAGAAUCAAAGUCUGGAGGCAAAGCGUAAAGCCCUCUCCACAUGCAUCUCCCACAUCACAGUGGUCGUCUUAUUUUUUGUGCCUUGCAUUUUUGUGUAUAUGAGACCUGCAGUUACUUUAUGGAUUGAUAAAGCAGUUGCUGUAUUCUACACUAUGAUAACCCCAAUGUUAAAUCCUUUAAUCUAUACUUUAAGAAAUGCCCAAAUUAAAAAUGCCAUUAGAAAUUUGUGUAGUGGAAAAACUAUUUUAGUUCAUGAAUAA